AUGGGCCAAACACUCUCAGAGCCAAUUGUCGACAAAAAGUCGAGUCGCGACCACAAUGAUCGGUUUGCUUACGGUGCAUCGGCCAUGCAGGGCUGGCGAUUGACCAUGGAAGAUGCUCACACGACAUUGCUUAAGCUUGACGACACAGACGCGAGUUUUUUCGGAGUGUAUGAUGGACACGGCGGCGCCACCAUUGCACAAUACACUGGACAAUCACUCCAUAAAAAGAUUCGAGGAUCGCAGUAUUUCGACCAAAAAGAGUACAAAAAAGCACUCAAGGACGGCUUUCUUUCCAUUGAUAGGGAGUUGAGUGAAGAUAGCAAUUUCGCAUACGACCCAUCUGGAUGUACAGCUGUCACUGCUUUGAUCACACCUGACAACCGCGUCUUGGUGGCCAAUGCAGGAGAUUCUCGGUCCGUUAUCAGUGUCAAGGGAAAAUCAAAGGCAUUAUCCUAUGAUCACAAGCCAGUGGAUCGUGCAGAAUCACAACGUAUCAUUGCAGCUGGAGGCUUUGUUGAGUUUGGACGUGUAAACGGCAAUCUUGCUCUUUCUCGGGCUAUUGGUGACUUUGAAUUCAAGCAAAAUGAUAGCCUUCCCCAAGAAGAACAAGUUGUGACAUGCAAUCCUGAUAUUAUUGAACAUCCUUUGACCGAUGAUGAUGAGUUUCUUAUUCUUGCAUGUGAUGGUAUCUGGGAUUGCAUGACGAACCAACAAGCGGUUGACUUUGUACGGGAAGAGCUUGCCAACAAGACGCCUUUGGAUGAAAUUUGUGAAUUGAUGAUGGAUCAUUGCCUUGCACCUGAUACUGAAGUGGGCGGUUUGGGCUGCGACAACAUGUCAAUUAUCAUUGUUGGUAUCCUCAAUGGCAAGACGAUGGACGAAUGGUACAACUGGAUUGCAUCGCGUGUAUCGUCAGAUAAGCCCAAAGUGGAUGCGCUCGGUAAUAAUAUCGUGUCAUCUGAUGUGGAGGCCGAAGAAGAACGAGAAGAGCAACAUCAAGAAAUUCUCGAGACUACCCCGAUCCAAGAAAAACAAGCAUAA